CUGGCCUCUUUGCCGGAAAUAGGACGUGGCUCAGUCGGGUUCGUCGUCACGCCUAGAGGUCAGAGCUCGGAGGUCGAGUCGCGGAUCGAUGUCAAACUGGUGGUUCUCUGCUCGCGGCGUUCAACAGGUGGCCGGAGGUCUGAGCUCGAAGAGAUCGAGGCUCGGUCGGACUGGAGGUUGGUGGUCGGAGCUCUCCGUUCGUCCUUUCGUCGGAAUUUGGGCGAAAUUGCGAAGCGGAGAGGAGAAUAUGUGGAAGCUGCGGGUGCACUUGGUCGGGUGUGGCGGCUCAGGUCGCCACUAGUGCGCAGUCGCCGGCACUGCCCUCCCCGCGAAGGAAAACUCGCCGGCAAUGACUUGUUGCAGGGAAAGAAAAUGACGAGAAAAUUUGGACGGGUGCUGAGAAAACAAUAG